UAUGAACCAUGGCCCAACUGUACUACAAAAAGGUCAACUACUCACCAUACAGAGACCGCAUUCCCCUGCAGAUUGUGAGGGCAGAGACAGAGCUCUCUGCUGAGGAGAAGGCCUUCCUCAAUGCUGUGGAGAAGGGGGACUACGCCACUGUGAAGCAGGCCCUCCAGGAGGCCGAGAUCUACUACAAUGUCAACAUCAACUGCAUGGACCCACUGGGCCGGAGCGCCCUGCUAAUUGCCAUUGAGAAUGAGAACUUGGAGAUCAUGGAGCUCCUGCUGAACCACAGUGUGUAUGUCGGUGAUGCACUGCUCUAUGCCAUCCGCAAGGAAGUGGUGGGUGCUGUGGAGCUUCUGCUCAGCUACAGGAGGCCCAGUGGAGAGAAGCAGGUCCCCACUCUUAUGAUGGACACUCAGUUCUCUGAGUUCACACCGGACAUUACUCCCAUCAUGCUGGCUGCCCACACCAACAACUAUGAGAUCAUCAAACUGCUCGUCCAAAAACGGGUCACUAUUCCCCGGCCCCAUCAGAUACGCUGCAACUGUGUGGAGUGUGUGUCCAGUUCAGAGGUAGACAGCCUGCGCCACUCCCGCUCCCGACUGAACAUCUAUAAAGCCCUGGCAAGUCCCUCACUCAUCGCCUUAUCAAGUGAGGACCCCAUCCUAACUGCCUUCCGCCUGGGCUGGGAGCUCAAGGAGCUUAGCAAGGUGGAGAAUGAGUUCAAGGCUGAGUACGAGGAGCUCUCCCAGCAGUGCAAGCUCUUUGCCAAAGACCUGCUGGACCAGGCUCGGAGCUCCCGGGAACUGGAGAUCAUCCUCAACCAUCGAGAUGACCACAGUGAAGAGCUUGACCCUCAAAAGUACCAUGAUCUAGCCAAGCUGAAGGUGGCCAUCAAAUACCACCAGAAAGAGGUAAGCUGA